ACAUAACAGUGCUGUUCCCUGACACGUCAAACCACGCUCCCGGGGUCGGCCUUCAACCUUCUCGCAGCCAUUGGCUCGCUAGGCAGCGGCACGUACUCUGAUUGGUAGGAAUCGACUGGCAGCAGGGUAGGCUGUAGCUGUGCAAAGCCGUGUAGGUAGAACGGCGCCGCUUCCGGGGAGCUGGAUUGAGAGAGCAAUGGAAAAGCAGAGAGGAGGGCUGGGAAUGCCUAGGACUGCCGCAACUCGCUGAACUGAACCGGACACCGAAGAAAGAGCUGAUGAUACGAAGACGGUUUUUACACUGUUGUUCAAGUAUUUGAGACACCUGGCUACAGUCAGACCCAAAUAUCAUGAGUGAGAAAAGGGAAAAUGAAGUGAAGGAGCAGAGAAGAAUCCUAUGAGUGAUAUACUGACCAUGCGUCUUCGAGAAGGACCCACGCACUCUUUCCAGCCCCCCAGUUCAGUCCACUCUUCGCUUGGCAGCCAUGUUUACACAUUCAGCAAUGGCACAGCAGAGGCAGACAGCUCUUCAGAAGAAGAAUUUGAUGUGAUGGAGUUGCGAGCACGGGGCGGUGAACAGCAGCGGAUAAAUGCAUCACGUGAGAAGGUUGGCAAUGUCAUUCUACUGGAACGCGCCAUCACAGAGGAUGAUAACCUCAACAAACUGGCACUACAGUAUGGCUGCAAGGUUUCUGACAUCAAGAGAGUGAACAAUCUUAUCACAGACCAGGAUAUCUACGCUUUAAAGACAAUCAAGAUCCCUGUCAAGGUUCAUGGACUCUUAACAGAAAGACGUGAUGAGCUGACUGCUUUCAAUGCAAGUGCUCCACCUGAGCCGGAGAAGGAGCUGUCACUACCCUCCAUGGAAAGCAGAGACUUCACUGUUUAUUUCAAAGCGAUUGAUCAGAACAUUGAAGAAGCAGCAGCACAAACCCACGAUCUGUUCAAUGAAUCUUUUGCCUUGGAUUCACCCAGCCUUCCACCCACACGAAUCCUGGGGCAGAAGCAGCCCGCUUCAGGGGCAGACUGGGGGAUUCGGUGGUGGAAUGCAGUUUUUAUUAUGCUUUUGGUGGGGAUUGUUUUGCCAGUAUUUUAUAUAGUUUACUUUAAAACACAGGGAGAUUCAGAAGGCACAUUUUCCAUUGAAGGUAGGACAAAUGUCUCCACUUCUCUGAGCCCACACACCAAUACAGGGCACUCUAUGGAACAAAUGACACAGAGAACAUCUGGUUUCUCACCCGGCCUUCUGCAGGACACUCACAAACUGCUCAAUCCAGGAGGCUGAUGUCGGGAGGCGGAUUACGGACGUUUACAAGAUCAGGUUCUAAUGUGCAGAAGUCACUUUACAUCCUUUUGGUGCCAUAUGAAUCCACUACACUUCGCUCAUGGGUUUCAACCAGACUGACUCAGAUGUUUUAUCUUAUCAGUAAUAUUUCAGAAGGGAUGGGAUGAACCCACAGCCUCCCAGGUUGUCUCCUCUCUUGUCUCUGGAUUUAGGAGAAAGUUGUGCUUCUGGCUCUACCCCUGAAUCACUCACAUAAUUAUCCUUCUUUCAUUUAUAUGAACGCACUCUGUUUUAUGUUGGUUCCUUUAGGAAACACUAGAUUGUUUAAAAAGUAUUAUUUAUAUGUUGGAAUGGGGCAGGAAGAAACUUGUCAGAGUAGUGGUUUGUUUAUCUUUAACAAAUACUUUGUGAUCUAACAGGGGAUGCGCAGUGGUACAGGCUUGUUCUUUAAUCACAACCCUCUCUGCUCCAGUGGUUUAUUCCAUGCCAAGACUUGGAUUGAAGCUGGUAAUUCCUAAAUAAUGACUUCAUGUUACUCCCAUUGGGAACGUGCAAGUGUAUUGGUGGGGCAGCUAUUGCAUAAAGUAAGACUGUCCAAACCACUGUGCUACCUUCUAUCACAUAAAAGCUUUGUAUUUUUUAAAAAAUAUUUAUGUAUGUUAAAGGUUGAAUAGAUUUCUUUGCUCUGCCUUAGCUGAGGGUUCUGCCUUCAUAGUUAUAUCACCCACAGGCACGUUGAUGAGGAGGGUGCAGUUAGCAUAAACAAGCAUUUCAGAUUAAGGAUAAUUAAUUGUGCCAUGUAUUUUGGAAUGUUAUUCCUCAGAUCCUAAAUGUGCAGGGUCGGGGGCCCACCGGGGCUGACACAUCAGGGGCACCGCUGCUACUCCCCAGUGGUAGGGCCCCACGCUGCCGGCACGGUUCUGCUUUGCGCAUCAUGCCUUCCUUACGCAAACGGGGGGAGGUCAGGAGUGCUGGGCCCAGUGUCGGAGUGCCCAGUAGCAGGGCCCCUGCCGCUCCCCCCUCCGAGUGGCAUGGCCCUCUUUCCCUCCCCGUGAUCUGGCGGUAGGAGGUCAGGAUCACCAGCUAUGUCUAGCGAUCCUGUCUCCGCCUGCGGGGCCCAUGAGGACUGGGGCCCACCGGGGUUUUUCCCGGUGUCCCGUCUGCCCAGUCUGACGCUGUAAAUGUGUAUCAUAGAUCACUGCCAUGAAGCAAGAAAGAACUGUUGCUAGAAAGAAAGUUCAGUGGACAUAUGCAUACCCCCAAACUUAUGUAUUGCACAUUGUUUUAGGUACAAUUAAACCCCUUUUGACAGCAGAUACAGAAAAAAAAAAAAAAAAGCAAACUAUUACUGAAUUUCUUCAGCUAUCUCAGGGCUAUAAACAAGUAAAUUUGCCUACAGCAACAGGUUUUGUGAGCAGAGUAAUCUCUACAUGUGAGCCAGAUCAGAACAUUUGAAUAGUGGCUUUGUGUAGUGAAUAAGCUGUGGGACUGCAGAUUGAAGGGGUUUGUAAACACAGUACGUACCAGGGCUAGCCUAAUAGUCGGCAGAAACUCCAUGAAACUGUUCCACCAAGGGUUAAAGCAUAGUGGGGUUUAGUACACUUGGGUUAUGUAGGGUGGAGCAAGAGUGUUUACAUCCAGUUUAAAUACUGCCGCAAAUAUGUAAGUCAACAGGUCAGAUGCCUCAUUCCUCAGAAGUAAUGCUGAACUGUUUCUCUUCAGGGAAAUAUAAACUAAGCAGUUCAUCCAGAUACACGCUGAAUCACCACUGUGCGCAAUGCGUUUCAUGUCAUUCCCCCCCCCCCCAGCUGUAGUGUUUGUUUACAAAUUAGUUAAUGAGCAAUGAUCCCAGCAUAGAGUACAGGAUGGUGCAGAUAAAAGGCAGACAUUUCUAGAUACAGACUCUGGUGACAUUUCCAUAUCCACAUGUAUACAUUUCAAUACAAAUUUAUUUAUGAAAGUCUCACCAUUCAUCCAUUUGGGAAUAUUUGCAAUAUUUUUCUAACUACAAUGAAAGUAACAUUUUGUUGGCUGUAUAGUAACUCACAGAUACCUCCAAGGAGAGAAGAUAUUGGGGCACAGGGCUGAUGGGCUGCUUCUCACACCCCCCCAGCCAGUGCCAAAUAAUAACAUUUACUGUGCCAGCUCAUAGUGUAGGGAAUCUGCACUCGUAUUCAACACACCCUGGAAUAAUAGGGGGAGAAGUAUUUUGCCAGUGGAGCUCUAGUCUGGAAUUUGGAGGUUGGCUGUGGAAAUGCUGUAAUGUUCCCUUAACAGAAUCGCUUACUAAACUGCAAAUCUACUGCAUUAUUGGGAUGUCACAUGUCUCUAAAUAACUGCCUAACAUUUUUAGAGUAUUGAUGUUUGAAACAGCUUCAAGAGUACAGUCAUUUUAGCAAACUGCAGAUUGUUUGGUGCUGGACAUUACCUUCAUAUAGCUGAUCCAAGACUCAUUGGAGCAACACUUGCUUUGCACCCAUAGGAGAUAUUACCCAUUCAUUGCUCUACAUUUGCUCCAGCAGUUCUGAUUUAACCCAAUUGCCCAGCUAUUUGUUUACCUCGGGGCAGUUUAAUGGUACUGUCCAGAAUUAUAUCUGCUAGUGCCUCAUCAUUUUCAUGGAAGGGUGUAGGGGGACGUAUAGCAAAUAGUUAUAUUUAAAAAGAUAUUUUUGUAAAAAAUCCAAUGUUCUACACAAAAAAAUCGGUGAACACCAGAAAGAGUUUCUCAGUCAUUCUCAGAGGCAGUUUACCAUAAUAGGAAUAUUUAUUUGAAAGGGACGCACCAAAUCCAUAUCUGGCUUAAAGCCACAUAACUUUUUUAAUUGUUUAUUUCUAGAUCAUUAUAAAAGUACCAAUGGCAAUAGAUUCAUAGAAUUCUGGGUAAUGAACCCCUAGGGGGGAAAAAUGCAUGGUGCUGCUGCGGGUGGCAUACAAAGUGUUGAAUCUCUUGGCAAUCGGAUGCAAUUUUCUUUGGAUUCUGCAAGUCUGGGUUGGGACUUGAAUACUGCCUUGGGCCAAAUCUUUUGUAAUGGGUUUAAUGCAAUUCUACAAUAGCAGGGGUUCACUGGGUGGGAAGCUGAAAUGCAGGAGAGAAGUUUUGGCAAUGACAAACAGCAAAUGAAUAACUGCAGAAUGCGUUUUGUUCCAGUGAUCCUCGUAAUCUCUUACUGUAAGAUCUGAAAGUGGUAUUAAAAUAAAGUAAUCCGUGUAA